UGGUGGCCACCAACGUGGAGAGCGGAAGCCGCCGCUGCCUUCCUUUGAACAGGCUCCGCCGCGUGAGGAGAGAGGACCAAAAAGAAAGAGCGCGCGGACGGCGGCUUCGGAGCGUACCACCUCCUGCCCAUGAAGAGAAACAGGGGAGCGGCUGGGGACCGGGCUUCGCCAAGGCACACGUGAGGCUGCUGGAAUCUCACCUGUGAGGGGGGUCGCCGCCCGCCUUCCCAGACUUCCUGCCCACCUGCCCCCCUCAAACUACCGAGGCGUUGGAGGCACCCAACCGCCGUCCAGGCGAGCGGGCGCGAGGGAGACGCGUCCAAUCAACCCGUCAGUCACAACCGGUUUGAACCGGAGUGCGAGGAGGAGCUGCUGCUUGUGCCGCCGCCAUGGCCGAAACUGAGGAGAGGAGCUUGGACGACUUUUUCGCCAAGCGGGACAAAAAGAAACGAAAAGAGAAAGCUAGCCGGGGAGGGGGCAGUACGGCGGCUUCCUCGGCCACCUCUUCCAACACGACCAGCGCCAGCGGGACUGGGGGAAGCCGGCAGGCCGAAGGGGGCUCGGGCGCGGCUUCUAAUACCAAUGCUUCCUCUAGCAAGGCGGCGAACAAGGAAGAAGAUGAUUGGAAGGAAUUUGAACAGGAAGAAAUUGACUACAGUGGUCUCAGAGUUCACUCCAUGCAAAUAAGUGAAAAAGAUGAUGAUGAAGGUGAAAAGAGAGAAGAACCAAGAGAUAGCAGUGAAGAACUAGGAGGAGGUAUGGAUAAGUCAUCUGGUCCUUGGAAUAGAUCUGCUCCUACACAAACACCUGUUGCUGAAACUAUUGAAAGCCCAGAACCAGUGCAGUCCAGCGGAGUAUAUAGGCCUCCUGGUGCAAGAGAAACCAGGACACGGAAAGCACCACAAGGACCCCCAGAGAUCUAUAGUGAUGCACAAUUUCCAUCGUUGCAGUCCACUGCCAAGCAUGUAGAUACCAGAAAGGAUAAAGAAAUGGAGAAGAGCUUUGAAGUAGUAAAACACAAAACUAGAGGUAGGGAUGAGGUUUCAAAAACCCAGGCAACUAAACUUCAGCUAGACAACCAAUAUGCUGUGCUUGGGGAUCAGUAAAGCUGCACACACAUUACAAUUAAGGAAUGGUUAUUUGGUACCUUUCCAGUCUAAGGUAACUAAACUACAGCUAUUAUGAACAUGCCGUCUUAUUUCUGCUGGAUCUACUACAACAAGUGCAGACUACUUUGACGUAAGUGAUUGGCUCUUCUGCACUAUGGAAGUAUGCUUAAUAUGGUACACCUGACUUCUUCCUUGGAUAUGGGGGAAAUUAAUGUAAGUGGUUGAACAAGAGUCUCCAGUGUGUUGAUUACUCUGCAAAACUAUCUGCAGCCAGUGGUUAUUUCAAAUCUUUUUAUGUUCAGAUACUGAGCCUUCGUAAGGGUUGACUACCUCAGACUUGCUGCACUCAUUGUGGACACCAUGUGGAUCACAACUUCUGGAAAAGGUUACAACUCUUUAGUGGCCAUCUGAAACUCGAAACCAGCUCUACUGGAUUCCUCUCAGAAAUUCCUCCUGCAGAAGUCAGCCAUUUGGGUUCUGAUUUAGUAUAAAUAACAAAUUUAAGUGACCUUAAAUGAGCAACUUGUCCUGUGCCCCCAUUUAUUACAUCCUUUCAUAUGUAGCCAUAACUUACUAGAAACCUCUAGUGUAUACCACUUUCAAAAUAUGCAGUGUAGUGUUGAGCUGUAGUUUGUUUACCUUGUUUUGAUUUAGGUUACCAGAAAAUACAGAUCCCGAUACAAAACUUAGAGACCCUAGUCUGCAUAUAUUAACUGGUUUCAUCUGUUUAAACACUUUAUUUUAAAAAUGCCUUUCUAAGCCUCCUGGCUUGAGAAAUUGCAGUAUAGUCACAUAGCAGCAUAGAUUAUGCAGACUAUCCAUACCUUUUCUUUACUGGGAUUCAAGAGACUAGGAUUUCUGUAGGUUUGCAUUCAGUGGCCAAUAAAUGUCUGUACUCCUUAAUUAUCUGGAGUUUUUUUGAAAAAACAAAACAAACAUAUGCCGUAUACUUAGCCUUAACACUGUAUUAUGGCAGGUUUCAACUAUUGAUCGCACACAUUGUAUUUUCAGGAUGAAAUUAACUAUGUCUAGUGAAAUAUGUCCUUUGUGGCUUCUUUUUGGUUGAAAUUUGGAAAAAUUCUGGGAAUAAAGUGUUGCGCUUACGGCAUUUUUUUUCCUCUGCUGCCCAAAGAUUUAGUGACAGCUUCAGCUAUAGGUCAUUCUUCUGACCAACUGUAUGACCAUUUAUUUGGAGAGAAGCUAGUAUAAUAGUACUUGUAUGAGCUAAGGUUAAUGCUAUAUUCUAUAUGCCAUUGACAGUAAAAAUAUUUCUAACCAACUCCCAAAGAACUUCCCGGGGUACAGAAAGUAAUCCUAUCUUUGUCCUCUGAUCUAAAUCUUUGGUGUGUCCAGUGCUGAUAAAUCUUCCAAGAAUCCAGCCACUUUCUGGACUCUCAAGUAGGCAUUCAAACAUCACUGGAGCACAGUACUUUAUGAGAUGAGUAGGUAAAACAAAUUCAUAGGAAAGAAGUCUAGUUACCUUGCUUUAUAAAAACAAGAUGACUUUGCAGUAAUGACUUUACAGUAGACCAUUGGCUACAGCAUGAAAUCAUUGAUUAAUGAGAACUCUUCCCUCUGCCUUAGUGCUUAGAAUGGCAUUGGCUUUAUUCCUAUAAAGAGUUGCUUGACAUGACUGAAACAUCUACUAUAUAGUUGCCUUUUAUAUUGAUUUAAAGCCAGGCCUCUGGGUGCCCAGAUCACCGAAAGUAAACCUACAGCUAACACCACUGAGUUGUGUAUCUUUCCUGGAAAAUGUCUCUUUGCCAGCAAAACUUUUGCAGGGUAUUAAAACUAAAGAACUAAGAUUAUGUGGAUUUGCAUGUCGCUUAAUGACAGUGGGAACUUAAUUUUAAAUACCAACUUUGGCAUUUUAUUAAGGUUGUUACACAUGAAUCAAGUUUUAAUAUUCUGUAUGAUAGAGUAGAUGAAGCUGUCCUUUGUAUCUUCAUUUGAAUUCUUGGGCAUGGUUGGCAGAGCAAGAAAACAUUGUGAACAUUAAUAAAUAUAAUGGAACUAUACAUGGCUUGUGGAGUCUAAUGAGUCUUUACAUGAAAGUCUUAUGAUGGCAUGCAUCAUUCUAAACUAAGCAUGACACAGCGGAUAUAUGACCAUGAAGUUGAAACUUAAGGCUGACAUCCUUUGCACAUUUCUUUGGGUGUAAACCUUAUUACAUACAGUGGGACAACUUCUAGGUAGAUGCACAUAGAAUUGGGCUGUGUAUGAUCAGCUGUUCACUGUUGCUAAUGAUGGGUGAGCUUAGCCAUUGCUAGUGGAGAUAAUAUGCUGGGUGUUAUAGACAAAGAUCAGACUCGUGUCAAGGGGACAGAUUUCCUGCUUUUAGUGAGGAAGCAGUACUGCUGAGAUUGCAGUCACUAUUAUUUGUACCUUAUUCCAACUUGAAGUCCUACCCUUAAAGCCCUAGAUUCUGGCCUCUUAGAUAAUGGGAACUGUAUCCACACAUGCUCAAGCCAUUGAAUUGUCUACUUAAUUUACUGAACAGUGCUUGAAAAAGCAAGAUACAGUUCUAAAAGCAUGACUUAUUCUGUAAACGUUCUGUCCCAGAGGGCAAUUGUGUUUAGGGUUAGGUGGGCUUACUCAUACACCUGUAAGCCCACCACUCAUUUGGUGGGCUUACAGGUGUAUAAAGGGGUCAGUGAAUGUCUUAACACUGUGCAAAAGCUCUGGAUCCUGAAAGAUGCCUAACUCCUUUCCCUGUGUAAUAAUAUUCAUCCUGUUUAUGGAAUUGAUGUACUGAUUUUAGGUCUGAAAGAAAAAAGGGAGAAGGCAGCUUGAGUGAGUUUGCCACUUCAUUACUAGUAUAUUUUCAGGUAGUAAGGAAAAUGGAAAGCAUCUAAAUCUGCUCUACUAUAUACUGAGGCAUAUCUGAAGUUCAGAAAGUACUGGUAAGAAAAAUCUGUCUCUGAAAUCAAAGUUGGCCUAUUAGACUCCACUCUAGGUUUGUGUUUAGGUUACCUGCCCGUUCUAUGAAUUGAUGUAAAAACAAAUACUCUUGGGAAAAUAUGUACCAGUUUAUAAUGGGUAACAUAUUUGGCUGUUCUAUUGAAUUAUGGACACUUUUUAACAAUGUACAUGGCAUUAUUCUGUUCAAGAUGGGCAUAAUUUAUGUUUUAUUAAGCUCCUGAAAGCUAACUCCACAUGCAUGUAAGGGUUUAAAUCUGGAAUGUUGUCAACAGAGCUUGUUUGUGGAACAGACUUCCUACUUCCAAACAUGGUUGGAGCACUUAACACAACUCUGUUUUCCAGCUGAUAGUGAAUACAAUCUAUAAAGGGGUGUUCAUUCUACAGAACUAUUAGGUGUGCCCGAAAAGCCUUUACAUCAUUUACAGAGAUCCCUGUACAAAUCCUACAUUUGUUAGGGUUGAAACAAGCUGUAUGCAGAUGUUGCUCUAACUGCAGAGCCUACACCCAGCAGGGGAUCAUGAUUGUGCCACACCUGCUCAGAGUGUCUAGUUGCCUCUGAAUGAGGCUUGAAUAUGUAGUGCCCAGCCGAGUUCCUAUCCUGCCCUCAAACACUUGCAGGUGAGAUUGGGCUCUACAUGCAUAGGUUCCUGUGAACAUCAGAUGGGCUGUACAGUUAAAGCCAUGUUUACAUAGACCAUGUCUUCUGUAUGCUUAAACCUCAGUAGGACCUGUGUGUGAAAAUGCUGAGGCUUUGGAAUGAUGUUAUGAUCCCUGAUACUGUAUAGCUGACGUAGUGUUAAGCUGCCUCUGCAUGGUGGUAGUGUCUGCAUUAUUCUGGACAAACUGUGCGUAAGCUGAGUUAAUGCAGAAACAACUGAUCUGCUUUUAAAAUUGCCCGUUGAAAUUUAAAAAUUGGCAAAAAUCCUACAGGAAAAGUACCUGCUUAUUCACUGCACAUAAAUUUAGUAGUCAAAGAUAGUGUUAACUGAAGAUUCAACAAUGAGUAGUAUAAAAUGUCUGGUGGGGGGUUCAAGGUGUCAUGGAAAGCAGUAUACUCAAAUUCUUACAAAUAGAAACUUUCCUCAUAUCAUGCCCCUCUUGGAGGUUUUGCCAUCCCAAAGGAGUGCAUUUUACUCUUAUGGGUAAAAUACAUCUGUUGAAGGACAGUGCAGAAAAGUACUUGAAUAGCUCAAUGUUGAGGGAUGAAAGAAAAAACUUCUCAUCUAUCUCUCAGAGACAGCUAGAUCAAGAGCUAUUAUACAUUAUCCAGGAUGAGGUAGAACUGGAUUGUAUCAUUGCAGGUGGAGGGGUUGAAUGUGCCCCCACAAACACUUCACAUUUAAAAAUAAAACUAGUAUAUCAGGAAUAGAAGGCUACACUUGUGUUGCUGAUGUGUACUUUGGGGGAGGGGGGGAUAUUCAAAAAUAUUCCAUUUGCAAUGAAUGGCAGUCCAGAAUUCUAAGCUUAGACUGCUACCUCACCCUGCCUAAAGUGUAGAAUAGUUCUAUUUUAGAAGAGAAGAAAGUGUCUUGAUAGGAAUAAAUACUGUAGGACUAGGAAUUCUCUUCUGAACCUACAUAGCUUUCAUCUGUGAUGGCUGAGUGAAUGGAAAUAUUAAGUGCAAAAUGAAUUCAUCAAAUAUAUAAAGAAAACUUAAGAACUAUUUCUCACUUCCAUUAAAAAAAAUAAAGUUAUUGCUGGUAUAGAUUACUCACUUGGCCUAUUAAAGUAUUCAAGCAAAGGCUAAGUUCCAGGAACAUGGCUGAAGAAAUCUGAUCCAAAACCAUUGGAAGGAAGGAAGUGUAGUCUGUCACAAGUAUGGCAUAGGAAUGAGUGGAAGCAUUGCUGUGCCUCAGUUCUGUAGGUUGUAAAGAAAAUACUUCCCUACCUCACAGGGGUGUUGUGAGGCUGACUUUAUUGUAAAAUGCUUUUGAGUUUCCCUGAUGGAAGGUGCUAUAGAAAUGCAAGACAAAUUAAUCGGCUGACAUCUGCUGGCUGAUCUUGUCACAAUAAGAAAAACCACCUACUUAGUUUUCAUUACAGUGUUUAGCUACUACUAUAACACGCUCCUCUACAAAACACAUUAUUUAAAUGUAUGGAUCAUGUAACAAUGGACUUUGUAAGAAGGCAUGGUUGAGUUUUCAAUCUUUAUGCAUCCUUCCUGGUUUUAUGUGAUUAACUGUGCAGAUCUAAUGUAUUAAGAUUUUUGGGUUUUGCAUGGCAAUUACUUAAGAUCAACUGUCAUUUUUUGUAAACCCCCAGAAUGAAAUAAACUUACAUUCACACUG